AUGGACAUGGUGGCAGAAAUGGGGGCGAACAGACUCUACCGGUCACCGGGUGAAUCGGCUCAUCAGCAGGCACAGAGGUGGUUCAACGCUGCUGACAUCACGGUCGCCCACCAAAGCAACCUGCUGAAGCAACUCAACCAGCAGCGGCACCAGGAGCUCUUCUGCGACUACACUGUGCUGGUGGAGAGCCAGCUGUUCAGGGCCCACCGCAACGUCCUGUUUGCCAGCAGCGGCUACUUCCGCAUGCUGCUGUCAAACGACGGGCUGCCCAAUUCGGUCAGCGCCACGUUCGAUGUUUUCAGCCCUGAGACUUUCACCGUCAUCCUGGACUUCAUCUACUCAGGGCAGCUGGAGCUCUCCAGCCACAACGUGAUCGAAGUGAUGUCUGCUGCGAGCUACCUGCAAAUGAACAAUGUCAUCAACUAUUGCAAGAACUUCAUCAAGUCUUCUUUGGACAUCAGCGUGAAGGAAGAAGACGACAAUCUGUCCGAGGCUUGCAGCUUUUCCCGCAAGGCUGGAGAGGAGGCUGCAGAGCAGCACCAGGCCUCCUCCUCUGUCAGUCCCCCUCCGGCCCUCUGGACCCAUGACAGCUCAAGGCCGCAGUCAGGCUUCAGGAUAAAGGAUCAAGAACAGGAAGCUCUGCCCCUGGCCCUUAAGACCACCCCGAGCAGCCCCACGAAGCCCAGCACAGAGGUGGAAGAUCUGCAGGAUCCUGGGGAUCCCCUGUUUACCCUUCCUGGGACAGAGCGCCGGAGAGGAAAAGGAUCAGCCAAGAGGAGAACUCCCUACUGCACUCGCUCCGCCACCCAGCACGAAGCCUUGGAGGUCCAGGAGGCAAGGGCACAAAAGGCUGAAAAGGCAGAGGAGCUGUACGCCACUCUCCCAACAAUAAUGGGAGUUAUUGGGCACUUUCAUAAAGAUGCCAACCCCACCAUGCGCUUCAAGUGCCCUUUUUGUACACACACGGUAAAGAGGAAGGCCGACCUGAAACGACAUCUACGCUGUCAUACGGGGGAGAGGCCGUACCCCUGUCAGGCCUGCAACAAGCGCUUUACUCGCCUAGAGCACCUCCGCAGCCAUUUUGAGACGAUCCACCAGGCAAGGAAGCUGGUGUGCAGGAAGUGUAAGUGUCAGGUGACGGAGGAGACCGGACAUGUGGUGUGUGAAGGCACGCGACGCUAUCGAAUGUGCACCGAGUGUAUCCAGGAGGUGGGCUGUGACAACAUGCCCAUUAACACUCUAGAGGAGUCCAACGAGGAGCCAGCCUUGCUACUGGGGGUGGACGGCGAGGAGGAGGGGGACACGCAAAGGUCCUGGAUGGUAGCAGAUGAUGAUGACCUGGCUGAAGACUCGGGGGCCGAUCUCAUCAUCCAGGAGGUGGAUGACAGUGACGAAGAGCUGCAGUGAAUCAGAGCCAAAGACCGUGUGCUUGCAAACAUGUGCGUGCGCAUGCACAUUUGUAUGACAAAGCCAUUACCCAUAAUACAAAUACAAACAUUCAAGACACAUGAAUUAUUCUUUAGUUAAAUGGAACUGUCUCAUUGUUAUUUUCCAAGAUAAGUAUUGAAAUUUGUCUCAAAGUGGAAUGCCCCCCCCCCCAAAAAAAGACUAGCAGUAUCCAAAGCAUACAUCAUACAUGUAUGGUCGGUAAUUCCUUUUCUCUGGAUAUAAUUCUAACUCUUAUGAUGUUAUAUUAUUUUCUGCAUGCAAAAACAUGUUCAUGACACUGGAGUUAUGUCAAAGUGUCAGGUUUGGUUCAUGGUAGCACUAAAGCGAAGCAAAGGAAUGGAAAAACUUUGUGUUAAUACUUGGUAGAAAGUGUACAAUGAGCAUAUUUUGCUGGUGUUACACUAUUGUGGAACCUUUGUAAAGAAAAUUUAUUUCAUAUGUUCCAUGAAUGGAAAGCAUUUACUAUUUAUUUCUUCUUUUUUUUUUACU